AUGCAAGUCGGUCUUCCAUCAUGGAUCGCCAACCGCUGGGCUCGGGCUCAGGCUCAGGCUCAGUCGGGCGAGACCGAGAUCGUCAGGGUGCCGGAGCCAUCAAUCACAGUGCACAGCUGGACUGGAAGAACAGGAUCGAUGGAUGUUCGAGAACUGGCAACCGCAGGAUUUCAACGUCCCGCCAGGACGGGUCUUACCCACACGGCGGUAGCCGUUGUCACUAAACCAGGAGGGAGCUAG